UAGAUGCCAGCCCGGGCGGGCCGGAGAAUGAUCUCGAAUGAGACUGCGGGGAGUAAUAUAUAGAGCAAGCAUUCUUGUCGUUCUUUAGUUUGUAAACCAGCUUCUCGCAAAGAGAUUAACUUCAACAUCCAUUCAGGCUGAGUAUGAGAAGAUCUCAGUAGGGCGUUCACAGUCCCACAUCAUCAUUUCAAGAGGAGGCAUUUCAUUUUCCGAAAGACAGAUUUCUUAGUGCCCAUCGAAGGAGAGGAGAAAUUUUGAAAGAAACGCGAACGAGAUAUUUGCUUUGAUCCGUGGAAUAUAAAAAAAGGAAAUACAAAAACUAUAUUUUUGGUCAUUUGCAGGCUUAUAAUCGUAAGAUAAAGGGUUCACAUAAGAGGCGUCAAGGAUGUCAAACCCGAAAGCGAUCGGCAUUGAUCUAGGAACCACCUACUCCUGCGUGGGUGUGUUUCAGAACGGAAGGGUGGAGAUCAUCGCCAAUGACCAAGGUAAUAGGACCACGCCCAGUUACGUGGCUUUCACCGAUACGGAGCGGUUGAUCGGAGAUGCGGCCAAGAACCAAGUUGCAAUGAAUCCUAAAAACACAAUAUUCGACGCCAAGCGAUUGAUCGGACGUCGUUUUGAUGAUGCAGCUGUGCAAUCAGACAUGAAGCACUGGCCGUUUACGGUCUCCAACAAUGGUGGCAAACCCAUGCUGCAGGCGGAAUACAUGGGAGAGACGAAGCGCUUCGCUCCAGAAGAAAUCAGCUCCAUGGUCCUUACGAAGAUGAGGGAGACCGCAGAAGCGUACCUCGGUUACAAGAUCAACGACGCGGUUAUAACUGUCCCGGCUUACUUUAACGAUUCUCAGCGAACCGCAACCAAGGACGCGGGUAAGAUUGCUGGCCUGAACGUCCUGCGUAUCAUCAAUGAGCCUACCGCUGCCGCUCUGGCAUACGGAUUGGACAAGAAACUCCGCGGUGAGCAGAACGUGCUGAUCUUCGACCUUGGCGGUGGAACCUUUGAUGUUUCCAUCUUGGCUAUCGAUGAGGGUAUCUUUGAAGUCAAGUCAACUGCUGGCGAUACUCAUCUUGGCGGGGAGGACUUCGACAACCGAAUGGUUAAUCACCUUGUUGAAGAGUUUAAGAGGAAAAACAAGAAGGAUAUUCGCGGAAACGCCAGGGCUUUGAGGCGGUUGCGUACCGCUGCGGAACGUGCAAAACGCACUCUUUCUAGCAGUACCCAGGCAAGUAUUGAGGUAGACUCUCUCUACGAAGGUAUUGAUUUCUACACAAGUGUGACCCGGGCAAGGUUUGAAGAGCUCUGCUCGGAUUUGUUCAGAAAGUGCCUAGAUCCGGUUGAACGCGCCAUAGUAGAUGCCAAACUUGACAAAAAUCAGAUCAACACUGUUGUCUUGGUCGGUGGGUCCACACGGAUCCCGAAGAUUCAGAAACUGCUGCAGGAUUACCUGAAUGGAAAAGAACUGAACAAGUCCAUCAACCCAGACGAGGCUGUUGCUUAUGGUGCAGCAGUUCAGGCUGCUAUCCUGUCAGGUGACCAGAGUUCGGAGGUCAAAGAUGUUCUUUUGGUGGAUGUUGCACCAUUGUCUCUGGGAAUCGAGACCGCUGGUGGUGUCAUGACCAAACUGAUUGAACGCAAUACCCGCAUCCCAACGAAAGCUCAGCAGACCUUCACAACCUACGCAGAUAACCAAAGCGCAGUCAGUAUCCAGGUCUAUGAAGGAGAACGCUCCAUGACCAAGGACAACAACCUCCUAGGCAACUUCCAACUCUCUGGAAUCCCUCCCGCACCGCGAGGCGUCCCUAAAAUCGAGAUCACAUACGACAUUGAUGCUAAUGGCAUCCUCAACGUCACAGCCAAGGAUGAGAGUACUGGUCGUACGAACAAGAUCACUAUCACCAACGACAAGGGAAGGUUGUCAAAGGCAGACAUUGACAGGAUGGUCAACGAUGCUGAGAAGUACAAAGCUGAAGAUGAAGCUCAAUAUGCUCGUGUCUCCGCUCGGAAUCAACUGGAGAGCUAUGCUUUCAGUAUGAAAUCCACCGUCAAUGAUCCUGCCAUCGAAAGCAAGCUAUCCCCAGAAGACAAACAGACAAUCCUCAAGGCUGUCGAAGACACUAUCCAGUGGCUGGAAAGCAACUCGCUGGCCGAGAAGGAUGAGUUUAACUUUAAGAUGGAGGAGUUGCAGAAGAAGUGUUCGCCCAUCAUGGCGAAGCUUCAUCAAGGUAGCGGAGGUGGAGCACCCGGAGGGCAGCAAUCUGAAGGGCCACGUGUCGAAGAGGUCGAUUAAUGUUUCGCAUUGAACUGUCCAUGGCAUGGCUGUUAUUGCUGAUAGAAGUAUGGUUCAUUGCUUGCGAAUUUUAAAGCUAAUUGACGGAGACUUUGGAUUAAGAGGGCAAAGGGGGCAAGUGUCGAUCUCAUGAGGAUCUGUCCUACUUUGUGGAACCUCUCUUGGGGCGUCUUGAUUCGCAGAGACGGAUGAAGGUAGCCAUUACGUAAAUAAAAAAAAGUAAAAAUAGGGUUAUGAAGAAAUUAAGUUGUUAUAUGAGGGCAUUCUAACAUCUUGUAACUAAGUGUGUGUGAAGGAUAACUGAAACUUCAUCCCUACACCGUGAAAUGGCGGUUAUCGAGCAGAAAGUAAAUAUGAAACAUUUAUUUUAACACAAAGGACCUAGUGCUAUAGGCCUAGUUUUCCUCAUCGAAUCACGAGGAUGCUUAAUGGUGUUGAUAAAGACUGUUGGUAGAUCUUAGAAUAGAACAUAAACCAGUUUAAA